GGAUUCCUGAGCGGUCCCAGAGGGUCCUGAGGUGUCUGGGGAUCCCUGAGCGGUCCCGGAGGGGCCGGGGGUGUCCAGCCGGGGGUCCCUGAGGGGCUGGGGGUCCCCGGGCCGGAGGCCCCGGCGCUGCCGCGAUGUCGAUGUCGCACCUGUACGGCACGGACGGUGCCGAUGGCGUGGAGAUGGAGAGUUUCGAGGUGUCGGACUGGGACCUACAGAACGAGUUUAACCCGCACCGGCAGCGGCACCGCCAGACCAAGGAGGAGGCGACCUACGGCGUGUGGGCCGAGCGCGACUCGGACGAGGAGCGGCCGAGCUUCGGCGGGAAGCGCUCCAGGGAUUACUCCGCCCCCGUGAGCUUUGUCAGCGCCGGGCUCAGGAAGGCGGCGGCCGAGGAACAGUCAGACGAGGACUCGGAUGAGGAUGAGAAACCUGGGAAGCAGGAGGAGAUCCCCAAGGAGUUCGUGCCCAAGAAGUUGAAAACAGGAGGAAAUUUCAAGCCCAGCCAGAAAGGCUUUGUAGGGGGCACCAAAUCUUUCAUGGAUUUUGGCAGCUGGGAGAGACACACUAAGGGAAUUGGGCAGAAGCUUCUCCAGAAGAUGGGAUAUGUCCCUGGAAGAGGUCUUGGGAAGAAUGCUCAAGGCAUCAUCAAUCCCAUCGAGGCCAAGCAGAGGAAAGGCAAAGGUGCCGUGGGGGCCUAUGGCUCUGAGAGGACCACUCAGUCCCUGCAGGACUUCCCUGUGGUGGACUCAGAAGAGGAAGCUGAGGAGGAAUUUCAGAAGGAGCUCAGUCAGUGGCGGAAGGACCCGAACGGAGGCAAGAAGAAGCCCAAGUACAGCUAUAAGACAGUGGAAGAGCUGAAAGCCAAGGGCAGGAUCAACAAGCAGCUUGCAGCCCCUCAGAAGGAGCUGUCCCAGGUCAAGGUUAUAGACAUGACAGGCCGGGAGCAGAAGGUUUAUUACAGCUACAGCCAGAUCAGCCACAAGCACAACAUCCCAGAUGACAGCCCCCAGCAGCCCCUGGGCAAGGACUCCAAGCCCCAGGGGUUCGCCCUGCCUGAGCUGGAGCACAACCUGCAGCUGCUGAUCGACAUCACGGAGCAGGAGAUCAUCCAGAACGACCGGCAGCUGCAGUACGAGAGGGACAUGGUGGUCAACCUGAGCCACGAGAUCCAGAAGAUGUCCGAGGUGCUCUCGCACGAGGAGAAGGCCAUCAGCAACCUCAGCAAGGUGCUGGACAUGGUGGAGGAGUGUGAGAGGCGGAUGCAGCCCGGCUGUGAAAACCCUCUGACCUUGGAUGAGUGUGCAAAGAUUUUUGAGACACUUCAGGACAAGUACUACGAGGAGUACAGAAUGUCAGACAGGGUGGACCUGGCAGUGGCCAUAGUUUAUCCUCUCAUGAAGGAUUAUUUCAAGAACUGGGAUCCCCUCAAGGACUGUUCCUAUGGCACAGAGAUCAUAGCCAAGUGGAAGAGCCUUCUGGAAAAUGACCAGCUGUUAUCCCACAGUGGGCAGGACCUGUCGACGGAUGCUUUCCACAGACUGAUGUGGGAGAUCUGGAUGCCAUAUGUCAGAAACAUCGUGGCACGGUGGCAGCCAAGGAACUGUGGAUCCAUGGUGGAUUUCUUGGAUAGCUGGGUAAACGUUGUUCCUGUGUGGAUACUGGAUAACAUUCUGGAUCAGCUCAUCUUCCCCAAGCUACAGAAGGAGGUUGAAAGCUGGAAUCCGCUGACGGACACGGUCCCGAUCCACUCCUGGAUCCACCCCUGGCUGCCCCUGAUGCAGGCACGGCUGGAGCCACUGUACUCUCCUAUCAGGAACAAGCUGGCCAAUGCCCUGCAGAAGUGGCAUCCCAGUGACUCCUCUGCCAAGCUCAUCCUUCAGCCCUGGAAGGAUGUGUUCACUCCUGGCUCAUGGGAGGCUUUCAUGGUCAAAAACAUUGUGCCUAAACUAGGGAUGUGUUUGAACGAGCUCAUCAUCAAUCCUCACCAGCAGCACAUGGAUGCCUUUUACUGGGUGAUCGACUGGGAGGGGAUGAUUUCUGUCUCCAGCCUUGUUGGGCUGCUGGAGAAACACUUCUUCCCAAAGUGGCUGCAGGUGCUCUGCUCUUGGCUCAGUAACAGCCCCAACUAUGAAGAGAUCACGAAGUGGUACCUGGGCUGGAAGUCCAUGUUCUCAGACCAGGUGUUGGCACAUCCCUCCAUCAAAGACAAGUUUAAUGAGGCUCUGGACAUCAUGAACCGGGCUGUGUCCUCCAGCGUGGGGGGGUACAUGCAGCCGGGGGCCCGGGAGAACAUCGCCUACCUGACACACACAGAGCGGCGCAAGGACUUCCAGUACGAGGCCAUGCAGGAGCGGCGGGAGGCCGAGAACAUGGCCCAGCGUGGCAUCGGCGUGGCUGCCAGCUCCGUGCCCAUGAACUUCAAGGACCUCAUCCAGACCAAGGCCGAGGAGCACAACAUUGUGUUCAUGCCUGUGAUCGGGAAGCGGCACGAGGGGAAGCAGCUGUACACGUUCGGCCGGAUCGUCAUCUACAUCGACAGGGGCGUGGUGUUCGUGCAGGGGGAGAAGACGUGGGUGCCCACCUCCCUCCAGAGCCUCAUCGACAUGGCCAAGUGAGGCCCUGCUGGGGACCCAGAGACCUUCCCGGAGAAUAGCUUCAGUGUAACUCUUAGAAUAAAGAAGUUACAGGUUUGUAAAUAGUGAAACUGAA